AUGCCGGAUGAUGUGCCGAAUCUGGCUCUCACAAGCCAUUUAGUCCCGUUGGAUUUGCCAUCGCAGUCUGUGGUGUACUGGUCAGACCAGCCGGGUGUACGCUACGGAGUGACAUCGCGAGGCAUGCUGGAUAUGGUCCGCGCCGACCGCGUUCUAUUGCGCCAACGCCUGACCACCAACAUCCCGUGCCACAUGAGCAAACGCGCCAUCUCCUUCGAAGAGUCGCCCGAAUCUGUGACGGUUCGAUUUGAAGAUGGUACCAGUGCAACCGGAACCAUCUUGGUCGGCGCAGACGGAGCGAGUAGUGGGCUCAGGACCCAGUGGUUGGGUCCAGAAGUAAAGCCUCAGAUACUCCCUUCCGUCAGCAUCGGUGGCGAGGUGACUUUAUCCGGAAGCGACUUUGAGAACGAGCUGCGGCUGGGUCACUCGUCACGCUCCAACUUCUCUUCUGAGCCGACAGACCCGAGCCUCCCAACCGUCCACAUGUUCUCUGCCUUGAAGUGCGUGCGGCCUGAUGGGCGAUCCGGAGAAUACUACUGGUUUGCCAUGUGGUUCGAUGACACCGCCGCCGACCCAAGUCACUGGACCAACACAGCGUCGCCGGACGAGUUGCACGAUUUUGUCGCCCGGACCACGCGUAACAUGCCUCCGAAGUUUCGAAAAGUCAUCGAGCUGACCCCCGCGAGCAAAUUGCGCGGGAACCCGCUCCCUCAGCGUGCGCUCGCGUUGCCGGACUUGCCUACCGGACGCGUGACGCUUCUCGGUGAUGCCGCCCAUUGCAUGCCCCCUACCCGUGGAGAGGCUGGCGUCCAUGCUAUGCGAGACGCACUGAAGCUCGCAGAAUGCAUCGGCAACAUUGACCCCUCCAACGACCACGACGGAUCCAGUACAAAGAAGGCAAUAGGAGUCUAUCAGGAAGAGAUGCUACGAAGAAGCAGGGAAGCGGUCAAGAGAAAUGUUGAUGCCAGCAGGCUGGAUCCAGCGUCCAUGGGAUGGGGAGGGCGAGGUAUAGAGCCUCUUCCGGAGGAGCACAUCUCGCUGGAAAACAUCGGACGAGUCGAGAAGGCCAUUUCGUAG